AUGACAUCCCAACAACCUCCAAAACCGAGAUAUCUAGAAGAAGAUGUAUUGACUCAAGAAUGCAUGAACUUGAUUUCCUCCCUUCCCAAAGAAAAGGGAUGGGUUACAACAACAUUAUACAAGUAUCAAGGUUUUUGGCAUAGUACUAAACAACUUGAAGGGCUCCUUUCAUGUCAAAAACACUUUGAAGCUCAAGACACCGAUAUCCUCCUUAUUACCACUCCAAAGUCCGGUACCACCUGGCUAAAAGCGAUCUUGUUCGCCCUAGUAAACCGCAACACUUUCCCACUAACCCAACUAGCAGCUGAUGAUCACCCAUUACUAUCAAACAAUCCACAUACACUUGUGCCUUUCUUGGAGCUUGAGCUCUAUGCAGAUAAUAAUAUCCCUGAUCUCUCGACUUUCGCAUCUCCUAGACUCUUUUCCACCCACCUACCUUAUGUGUCUUUGCCGAAUUCCAUCGUUAGAUCAUCACAAGGCAAGCUUGUUUAUCUAUGUAGAAACCCAAAAGAUACUUUCAUUUCACUUUGGGCUUUUACAAACAAGAUGAGGUUAGAGGAAAUGGGGAGUAAUUCACUUGAAGAAGUUUUUGAAAAGUUUUGUAGGGGAGUGAGCUUGUAUGGACCCUUUUGGGAUCAUGUGUUAGGUUAUUGGGAGGAAAGCUUAAAGAAUCCAAAAAAAGUAUUUUUUCUAAAGUAUGAGGAGAUGAUAGAGCAACCAAAGCUUCAUUUGAAGAAACUAGCUGACUUUUUAGGAUGCUCGUUUUCUUCCAAAGAUGAGAAACAAGUCACAAUUGAGCGUAUAUUGGAAAUUUGUAGCUUUGAUAACUUGAGCAAUGUAGAGGUGAACAAGGAAGGGAAGCUUCCAAUUGGGGUGAAUUGCAAUACCUUUUUUCGAAAAGGUAAAGUUGGUGAUUGGAAAAAUUAUUUGACCACGGAAAUGGAAGCACGCCUUGACAAGAUUUGUGAAGAAAAGUUAGAUGGUUCCGGAUUAAAAUUUUAGUGUAUUUCUUUUUGUGUGUAAUUUGUUCUUAUUUGCUUUUUUGUUUGCUUGGAUUUGUGAUCCUUCUCCAUCAAUACCAAAAUAAAAUUUCGUGU